AUGGCCGACGCAGUGGGCGGCGCCCCAAAGGUCAACGGCCAUCAGGUCAACGGCCAUCCGAGCAGCUACUCGGCUAAGUUCGACCUGCAGCCGCAUUUCAUCGGCGGGAACGAGCUGAGCAAGGCGGCGCCGAGCAAGGUGAAGGACUUUGUGGCGGCGCAUGAUGGACAUACUUCGAUCACGAACGUCCUGAUCGCCAACAACGGUAUCGCGGCGGUCAAGGAGAUCCGAUCGGUGCGGAAAUGGGCAUACGAGACAUUUGGCGAUGAGCGGGCGAUUCAGUUCACGGUCAUGGCGACGCCGGACGAUUUGGCGGCGAAUGCGGAUUACAUUCGGCUGGCGGAUCAAUAUGUCGAGGUGCCGGGUGGCACGAAUAAUAACAACUAUGCCAAUGUGGAGCUCAUUGUGGAUGUGGCCGAGCGGAUGGACGUCCAUGCUGUGUGGGCAGGAUGGGGCCACGCAUCCGAGAAUCCCAAGCUUCCCGAGUCUCUUGCAGCGUCACCGAAGAAAAUCGUCUUCAUUGGACCUCCCGGCUCAGCGAUGAGGUCACUCGGGGACAAAAUCUCCUCUACGAUCGUUGCGCAACACGCCAAAGUACCUUGUAUCCCAUGGUCAGGCACUGGCGUCGACGAGGUGGUAGUUGGCGAUGACGACAUUGUCACGGUCGAGGAGAGCGUCUACAACAAAGGCUGCGUGACCAACCCACAGGAAGGUCUCGAAGCGGCGAAGAAGAUCGGCUUCCCAGUCAUGGUGAAGGCUUCUGAAGGAGGCGGUGGCAAGGGUAUCCGAAAGGUGGAUACGGAAGAGAAGUUUGAGCAGCUAUACAAGGAGGCCGCGAGCGAGAUUCCCGGCUCGCCCAUCUUCAUCAUGAAGCUGGCUGGCAGCGCUCGUCAUUUGGAGGUCCAGCUUCUGGCGGAUCAGUAUGGCAACAACAUCUCGAUCUUCGGCCGUGACUGCUCGGUCCAGCGAAGACACCAGAAGAUUAUUGAAGAGGCACCGGUGACGAUCGCUAGCCAGCAGACUUUCCGCCAGAUGGAGAAGGCUGCUGUUUCUCUUGGUCGAUUGGUCGGCUACGUGUCUGCCGGUACCGUGGAAUACCUUUACUCGCACGAGGAUGACAAGUUCUACUUCUUGGAACUGAAUCCCCGUCUCCAGGUCGAGCACCCUACCACUGAGAUGGUCUCGGGAGUCAAUCUCCCAGCCGCCCAGCUCCAGGUUGCCAUGGGUCUUCCUCUCCAUCGCAUUCGUGACAUUCGCUUGCUCUACGGUGCGGAUCCUCACCAACAGUCAGAGAUUGACUUCGGCUUCGAAAAGGAGGGCAGCGCUCUUCAGCAGCGACGACCACAGCCCAAGGGCCACUGCACAGCUUGCCGUAUCACCUCUGAAGAUCCUGGCGAGGGCUUCAAGCCAUCCUCUGGUACCAUGCACGAGCUGAACUUCCGAUCGAGCUCGAAUGUCUGGGGUUACUUCUCCGUCAGUGCGGCAUCCUCCAUCCACAACUUCGCGGACUCGCAGUUCGGUCAUAUUUUCGCAUACGGCGAGAGCAGACAAGCGUCGAGGAAACACAUGGUUGUGGCGUUGAAAGAGCUGAGCAUUCGUGGUGACUUCAGGACAACCGUGGAGUACCUGAUCAAGCUGUUGGAAACACCAGCUUUCGAGGACAACACAAUCACCACCGCAUGGCUCGACGAGCUGAUCAGCAAGAGGCUGACAGCUGAGCGACCAGACCCGACCAUCGCCGUCAUCAGCGGUGCAGUCACCAAGACGCAUCUGGCCAGCGAGGCAUGCAUGGCGGAGUAUCGCAUGGGUCUCGAGAAAGGUCAGGUCCCUAGCAAGGACAUUCUCAAGACGGUCUUCCCGAUCGAAUUCAUCUACGAUGGCUACAAGUACAAGUUCACCGCGACCCGGUCCAGCGUGGACAGCUACACCCUUUUCAUCAACGGCAGCAAGGCUAACGUUGGCAUUCGAGCACUCUCCGAUGGCGGUCUCCUGGUCCUCCUGGGCGGACGCUCCCACAACGUCUACUGGAAGGAGGAAGUCGGCGCCGUGCGCAUGUCUGUCGACGGCAAGACCUGCAUGCUCGAGGAGGAGAGCGACCCGACUCAGCUCCGCACGAUCUCUCCCGGCAAGCUUGUGCGUUUCACUGUCGAGAACGGAGAGCACGUCACCAAGGGCCAGGCUUUCGCUGAGGUCGAGGUGAUGAAGAUGUUCAUGCCUUUGAUCGCUCAGGAGGACGGUGUUGUCAACCUCAUCAAGCAGCCCGGCGCGACUCUUGCUGCAGGUGACAUCCUCGGUAUACUGGCUCUGGAUGACCCAUCAAAGGUCAAGUCUGCUCAGCCGUUCCUCAACAAGCUCCAGGACUUUGGCGCGCCUGUUGUUCCCGGAACGAAGGCUCCGCAACGCUUCUCUUUCCUCUUCCAAACGCUGCAGCAUAUCUUGGAGGGCUUCGACAACCAGGUCAUCAUGAAGCAAACCUUGAGGGAGCUGAUCUCAGUCCUGCGAGACCCGGACCUGCCGUAUGGUGAAUGGAUUGCGCAAGCCUCUGCUCUCCACGCCCGUAUGCCACAGAAGCUUGAUUCGAUCUUCGAGGACCUCGUCAAGCGUGCGCAGUCCCGUCAGUCUGAGUUCCCGGCGAAGCAACUGCAGCGGGCUUUCGACCGCUUCUUGCAGGAGAACGUCUCAGCUGGCGAUGCCGUACUGCUCCGUGCAACUCUGGCUCCUCUGACUGAGAUCAUCGAUAAGUACCAGAAUGGAUUGAAGGCGAACGAAUUCGGAGCCUUCAUUGCUCUCUUCGAGCAAUACUGGGCGGUUGAGAGCAUCUUCUCCGCCCGCCAGAACCGCGACGAAGAGGUCAUUCUCCAACUUCGUGACCAGAACAAGGACAAGGUGGGCAGCGUCGUCCAGACGGUGCUGUCUCACACCCGCGCGCCUGCGAAGAACAACCUCAUCAUCGAGAUUUUGCAAGCAUACAGGCCAAAUCAGCCAGGUGUCGGACCUGUGGCUGACUACUUCAAACCAUCGCUCCAAAAGCUGGCGGAUCUCGAGGGGCGCGCCACAGCCAAAGUCUCGCUCAAGGCGCGUGAGGUGCUGAUCCAAUGCGCCAUGCCAUCGCUUGAGGAGCGCACAUCGCAGAUGGAGCACAUUCUUCGCACUGCAGUGCUUGAGUCGCGCUACGGCGAGAGCGGCUGGGACCACAGAGAGCCCGACUACAACGUCAUCAAGGACGUCGUGGACUCGAAGCACACCGUCUUCGACGUGCUGCCACAGUUCUUCAUCCACAAGGACCCGUGGGUGUCUCUGGCUGCGCUUGAGGUCUACACUCGCCGCGCGUACAAGGCGUAUAAGCUCAAGCAGAUCGACUAUGUCGCGGAGGGCGAGACGCCGUAUGUUCUUGCCUGGGAGUUCUCGCUCCGUAAAGUGGGCGAGUCUGAGUUCGGUUUGCCGAUCGAGUCUGGUCACCCAUCGGGACCUGGCACGCCUGCUGAGGGCUUCGCGAAGGUACACUCUGUUAGCGACAUGAGUUACCUGUCGAGGAGCGCUGGUGCUGGCGAGCCCACUCGUCGCGGCGCGGUUGUGCCUGUGCCGUACAUUGAUGAGGUUGAUGAGCACAUUAUGAAGGCGCUUGAGACCUUCCCGUUGGCGGAUCAGAAUGGACAUGCCAAGGGCCAGCUUUCUCUGUCCAGCGACAUGGCACGGAGAAGACAACCCGGUGCCGCGGUCCCCGCAUUGGGACACGAGGACGAGUUGACCGCAGUCUGCAACGUUGCCGUGUGCGACGCCGAGAGCUUCGACGACAACGAGAUUCUCGCUCGCCUGCAGCCGAUCGUUGAGGAGUACAAGGACGAGCUCCUGGCCCGCCGUGUCAGGCGUCUGACAUUCAUCUGCGGCCACAAGGAUGGCACAUACCCUGCCUACUACACCUUCCGCGGACCGAAGUAUGACGAGGACAUCAGCAUCCGUCACAUCGAGCCGGCGCUGGCUUUCCAGCUGGAACUUGGGCGUCUCGCGAAGUUUAACAUCAAGCCCGUCUUCACUGAGAACCGCAACAUCCACAUGUACGAGGCGGUUGGCAAGAAUGCUGAGAACGACAAGCGCUACUUCACUCGUGCUACUGUCCGAACUGGUCAGCUGCGCGAUAACGUGCCGACUGCAGAGUAUGUCAUCUCGGAGGCUGACAGGCUCAUGACUGACAUCUUGGAUGCGCUUGAGAUUGGCGGCAACAACAACUCCGACAUGAACCACAUCUUCAUCAACUUCGCCACCAUCUUCCCGCUGGAGACGAAUGAGGUGCAGGAGGCCCUUGCUGGAUUCUUGGAUCGCUUCGGCCGCCGCGCAUGGAGACUUCGGGUCACUGGCGCUGAGAUCCGUAUCGUCUGCACCGAUAAGAACACUGGGAACCCAGUGCCGCUCCGUGUCAUCAUCACCAACACCUCCGGCUACAUCGCCGAAGUCGAGCUCUACGAAGAGCGCAAGUCGGACAAGGGCAAUGAAUGGCUCUUCCACAGCAUCGGCGGCACAACCAAGAUUGGCUCCAUGCACCUGCGCCCCGUCAGCACUCCCUACGAGACCAAGGGCGCUCUCCAACCUAAGCGCUACAAGGCUCACAUCAUGGGCACGCAGUACGUCUACGACUUCCCGGAGCUCUUCCGCCAGGCUAUCGAGAACAGCUGGACGUCCAUCGUGUCGCAGCACCCGGGGCAGAAGGAGAAGCAGCCGGUCAAGGGCGACUGUAUAGAAUACAGCGAGCUUGUGCUGGAUGACUCCGAUAACCUGCAGGAGGUCAACCGCGAGCCGGGUACGAACAACAUUGGUAUGAUUGGGUGGUUGGUCACGGCCAAGACGCCUGAGUACCCGCGCGGCAGGAGAUUUAUCAUCAUUGCGAACGAUAUCACGUUCAAGAUUGGUAGCUUUGGCCCGUUGGAGGACAAGUUCUUCCAUAAGUGCUCGGAGCUGGCGAGGAAGUUGGGGAUUCCCAGGAUUUACCUUUCUGCCAACUCUGGUGCACGUAUCGGCAUGGCGGAGGAGCUGAUCCCACACUUCUCCGUUGCGUGGAAGGACCCGAAGAAGCCGGAGGCUGGUUUCGAGUACCUGUACCUCACGCCGGAGAAGAAGGCGCGCUUCGAGGACGGAGCGCUCAAGCACGUCAUCACGAAGGAAGUCAAGGUCGGCGGCGAGACACGCCAUGUCAUUACCACUAUCGUUGGUGCAGAGGAUGGUCUCGGCGUGGAAUGCUUGAAAGGCUCCGGUCUCAUUGCCGGUGAGACUUCCCGUGCCUACGAUGACAUCUUCACCAUCACGCUCGUCACCUGCCGCUCCGUCGGUAUCGGCGCCUACCUUGUCCGUCUCGGCCAGCGUGCGAUUCAGAUCGAAGGCCAGCCGAUUAUCCUCACUGGUGCUCCGGCUAUCAACAAACUGCUCGGUCGUGAAGUCUACACGUCCAACUUGCAGCUCGGUGGGACACAGAUCAUGUACAAGAACGGUGUCUCGCACAUGACUGCUGACGAUGACUUUGCCGGCGUCUCGAAGAUUGUCAAGUGGAUGUCGUUCGUGCCGGACAGGAAGAAUCAACCGGUACCGAUCUCGCCGUCGGUGGAUGUCUGGGAUCGCGACAUCACGUUCUUCCCACCGCAGAAGGCUACCUACGAUGUGCGCCACCUCAUCGCUGGACAGCAGACCGAUGACGGCUUCUUGAGCGGUCUCUUCGACAAGAAUUCCUUCGAGGAGGCUCUCGGUGGCUGGGCUCGCACGACUGUCGUCGGCCGCGCUCGUCUCGGCGGCAUCCCCGUCGGUGUCAUCGGCGUGGAGACCCGCUCCGUCGAGAACGUCACGCCCGCCGACCCUGCCAACCCCGACUCCAUCGAGCAAGUCACCAACGAGGCCGGCGGCGUAUGGUACCCCAAUAGCGCUUUCAAGACCGCACAGGCGCUGCGGGACUUUAACAAUGGCGAGCAGCUUCCGCUCAUGAUCCUGGCCAACUGGAGAGGUUUCUCCGGUGGGCAGAGGGAUAUGUACAAUGAGGUGUUGAAGUAUGGGUCGUAUAUUGUCGAUGCGUUGGUGAAGUAUGAGCAGCCCAUUUUCGUGUACAUUCCGCCGUUUGGGGAAUUGCGUGGUGGAUCAUGGGUCGUCGUCGACCCCACCAUCAACCCGCAAAUGAUGGAAAUGUACGCCGACGAGGACUCCCGCGGCGGCGUCCUCGAGCCCGAAGGUAUCGUCGGCAUCAAGUACAAGAAGGACCGUCAGCUCGAGACCAUGGCUCGUCUGGACCCUACCUACGGCGACCUCCGCCGCCAGGCCGCCGAGCAAGGCCUCACCGCCGCCCAGCAGAACGAGAUCAAGGCCAAGAUGACGGAGCGCGAGAACUUGCUCCUCCCGGUGUACACGCAGAUCGCGCUGCAGUACUCCGACCUCCACGACCGCGCCGGCCGCAUGAAGGCGAAGGACGUCAUCCGCAUGCCUCUGCAAUGGACCAACGCGCGCCGCUUCUUCUGCUGGCGCCUGCGCCGGCGUUUGAACGAGGAGUACGUGCUCAAGCGCAUGGCGGCGUCGCAGAGCAAGGAGCUGGUCAACCGGGCCAACAACCUGCGCACGCUGGAGGCGUGGUCGGCGGUGCCGAAAUUCGACACGGACGAUAUGAGCGUGGCGAUGUGGUAUGAGGAGAAUCGGAAGAUGAUUGCGGACAAGAUUGAGGGGCUGAAGCAGGAGACGGUGGCGUAUGAUGUUGCGGCGUUGUUGAGGGGGAAUAAGACGGGGGGGUUGAAGGGGGUGGCGCAGGUUUUGUCCAUGUUGCCGGUCGAGGAGAAGGAGGAGGUUAUUCGGUGGCUUGCGAAGCAGUAA